UCGGGCACAGCCUCCUGCUCAUCCCGGAGCCGGGAGGGCGGGGAGCGGCGGAGGGAUUCCGCGGUGGCGCCCCGUGCGCGUGCGCAGCGAACAGCUGUCACCCAGUGCGGAACAAGUCUUCCAAAGAUCCCAAAAGCCUCGGGGGAGGCCGCACUUUCCUCUCUUCUGCCGGGUGGUGUCCGGGCCUCCGCCCGCGGCGCAGAGACAUCUGUAGCCAUCAUGGAGGUGGUGGAGGUGGAGAGUCCUCUGAAUCCCAGCUGUAAGAUAAUGACUUUCAGACCUUCCAUGGAGGAGUUCCGGGAGUUCAACAAAUACCUCGCAUACAUGGAGUCUAAAGGAGCUCACCGAGCAGGUCUUGCGAAGGUGAUUCCUCCUAAGGAGUGGAAGCCAAGGCAAUGCUAUGAUGAUAUUGAUAAUUUGCUUAUCCCAGCACCAAUUCAGCAGAUGGUCACAGGGCAGUCGGGACUGUUUACUCAAUACAACAUCCAGAAAAAAGCCAUGACUGUGAAGGAGUUCAGGCAGCUGGCUAACAGUAGCAAAUACUGUACUCCAAGGUACUUGGAUUAUGAAGAUUUGGAACGCAAGUACUGGAAAAACUUAACUUUUGUGGCACCUAUUUAUGGAGCAGAUAUUAAUGGAAGCAUAUAUGAUGAGGGUGUGGAUGAAUGGAAUAUAGCUCGCCUAAAUACGGUCUUGGAUGUGGUUGAAGAAGAGUGCGGUAUUUCUAUUGAGGGUGUAAAUACCCCCUAUCUCUAUUUUGGAAUGUGGAAAACAACAUUUGCAUGGCACACGGAGGACAUGGAUCUCUACAGUAUUAAUUAUCUACAUUUUGGGGAGCCCAAAUCUUGGUAUGCUAUUCCUCCGGAGCAUGGAAAACGACUGGAAAGAUUAGCCCAAGGCUUUUUCCCCAGCAGCUCCCAAGGCUGUGAUGCAUUUCUCCGUCACAAGAUGACACUGAUUUCUCCCUCAGUUCUGAAGAAGUAUGGCAUUCCUUUUGACAAGAUCACCCAGGAGGCUGGAGAGUUUAUGAUCACUUUUCCUUAUGGAUAUCAUGCUGGUUUUAAUCAUGGUUUCAAUUGUGCUGAGUCUACAAAUUUUGCUACUGUCAGAUGGAUUGAUUAUGGGAAAGUUGCUAAAUUGUGCACUUGCCGGAAUGACAUGGUGAAAAUAUCAAUGGAUAUAUUUGUAAAGAAAUUUCAGCCAGACAGAUACCAAAUUUGGAAACAAGGAAAGGAUAUUUAUACUAUUGACCAUACAAAACCUACUCCAGAGUCUACCCCUGAAGUAAAAAUAUGGCUACAGAGGAAGAAAAAAUUAAAAAAAGCAUCCAGGAGCCUCCAGGGUAACAAGUUGCUCUCUAAAAGGCCUAAAUCUGAGGAGGAUGAGGAAUUUGUUGAAUCUAAUGGGGAGGAGGUUUCAAACCGUGCCAUAUGUCCAGGGCACCUAAAAGUCACUGAAAAGCCAGGAAAACCAUCUAAGCAGGGUGACACAGAAGCACCUUCAGAGGGAGAAGCUUCUGAUGCCAGGAUACAGGCAGAUCAGAAGUUAUUGAAUGACACCAAACUCUCAGGUAAAAGCUGUGUAAAUUCACCUGUAACAAAUAAAAUACAUAAGGAUGACGCAGCUGUUGCUAUAGCUUCACCAUCUGUGUCCAAGGAAGACUGCAACUUCAUGGCAUUUUCUAGUAGCCAGGUAACAGGCAAGGAAUCACAUCUCUUUACAAUUCUACGGCCGGAGUCUCCCAAGUUGUCUUCCUCCCUUGCAGAAAGUAAAAGAGUAUUGACGGAGGAAGAAGACAAUGAUGAAGAUGGCCUCAGAAGUAACCUUGAACCUGGGGAAAUCCCAGAAGCUCUUAGUGAAGAGGGAAAUGAGCUCAAAAUUCCCAAGAUAAUAGAAGGACAGCCCAAAACUACUAAGAGUUGGCGCCAUCCACUUGGUAAGCCUCCAGCCAGAUCCCCAAUGACUGUUGUGAAGCAGCAAGUAGUGAGUGAUGAAGAGUCACCUGAAAUUCUAACCAUUGACGAAGAAGUGGAAGAAACAGAGUCUUGGGCAAAGCCUCUCAUCCACCUUUGGCAGACAAAGUCUCCCAACUUUUUGGCUGAACAGGAGUAUAAUGCAGCUGUGGCAAAAAUAGAACCACACUGUGCAAUUUGCACUCUGCUCAUGCCAUACUACAAGCCUGAGAGCAGCAAAGAAGAAAAUGAUUCUAGAUGGGAGACAACAGUAAAUGAAGUGGUUAAAUCUGGAAGAAAGACUAAACCCAUUAUUCCAGAGAUGUGUUUUAUUUAUAGUGAAGAAAAUAUAGAAUAUUCCCCCCCAAAUGCCUUCCUUGAAGAGGAUGGAACAAGCCUUCUGAUUUCCUGUGCCAAGUGCUUUGUGCGGGUUCAUGCAAGUUGUUAUGGUGUUCCUUCUCGUGAUAUCUGUGAUGGAUGGCUAUGUGCCCGGUGCAAAAGAAAUGCAUGGACUGCAGAAUGUUGUCUCUGCAAUUUGAGAGGAGGUGCUCUUAAGCAAACUAAAAACAAUAAGUGGGCCCAUGUCAUAUGUGCUGUUGCAGUUCCAGAAGUUCGAUUUACUAAUGUCCCAGAAAGGACACAAAUAGAUGUAGGCAGAAUACCUUUACAAAGGCUAAAAUUGAAAUGCAUCUUCUGUAGACACCGGGUUAAGAAGGUUUCUGGAGCCUGCAUUCAGUGUUCCUAUGGCCGCUGCCCAGCUUCAUUCCAUGUCACAUGUGCCCAUGCUGCUGGGGUUCUCAUGGAGCCUGAUGACUGGCCUUACGUGGUAAACAUCACGUGCUUCAGACAUAGAGUCAACUCAAAUGUGAAGUCCAAAACUAGUGAGAAAGCCAUCUCUGUAGGCCAGACAGUCAUCACAAAGCAUCGGAACACUCGGUACUACAGCUGUAGAGUGAUAGAUGUGACAUCUCAGACCUUCUAUGAGGUCAUGUUUGAUGAUGGCUCCUUCAGCAGAGACACAUUUCCUGAGGACAUUGUGAGUAGAAACUGUGUGAAGCUGGGUCCUCCUGCUGAGGGAGAAGUCAUCCAAGUCAAGUGGCCUGAUGGUAAACUCUAUGGGGCAAAGUAUCUUGGAUCAAAUGUUGCCUAUAUGUAUCAGGUUGAAUUUGAAGAUGGAUCCCAGAUAGCAAUGAAGAGAGAAGACAUAUACACUUUAGAUGAAGAGUUACCCAAAAGGGUAAAGGCUCGCUUUUCCACAGCCUCUGACAUGCGAUUCGAAGACACGUUUUAUGGGACAGAUGUAAUCCAAGGUGAGAGAAAGAGGCAAAGAGUGCUGAGCUCCAGACUUAAGAAUGAGUAUGUGGAUGACCCUGUAUAUCGCACUUUCCUGAAGAGUUCUUUCCAGAAGAAGUGUCAGAAGAGACAGUAGUUGAUAAAUUACUGCAGCAGAGAGAGCUCAGAGCAGCUCAGACCUGAAGAGGGAAGACAGAGGGACACUCUUGGGUAUGCACUGAGACGGGUGACUGGGUGUUUCUCUGGCAUUAGUAAUAGAUAAUAAGGCUUCCAGAGUUUUGGUUGCCAAACAACAAGGAAGAAAUUGAUUCUGUAUCUGAUCACUCCCUCAGACAUAUAUUUGACCCCAAAGAAUAUUCUUAAAUGAAAGGAAAUAACAGUGAAUGGCCUACUAGAUAGAAUUCAUGCCAGAGAAGAGGGGUUACCUCUCUGUGGCUCAGGUCCCUCCUCAGGGAACAUAUAUGGAGGCUCCUCUUCCCCAGCUCCUUUUAGUGGAAGCCUCAUCACCCAAGAGGGAGGGUGAUAAUUUAUGUGUUUUCCACAGUCAGGGAAAGACUCUCAUAUUUGUUUUAAGUGGCCGUUUUUAUAAAGCAUUUUUAAAACACAAAUGGCAAGAAUGGUAAUGGGAUUUACCUAUGUGCUAUCUGUAUUCCCCUGUACAGAAUGUUUCCAUUUUUUAUAUUAUUACUUUUGAUUGUGUCUGAAAACUGAGUUGGCCUUUGUAAGAGGAAAAUUUUUGCUCUUGAAGAGGAAUUCAUAUGAAGUCUAUGGGAAUUUUAUAUAUUUACAGAGGAAAAAUCUGAGUAUGAUAUUUUGAACACUUCACAAUUCCUGUUCUGAAUAGAUAUUUAUAAAAUAUAUAUUUCUCUCAUUAUGUGUUUGUAAAAUUUAGAAUUUAAAUAAAUAUACUUAAAUGCAUAGUUUUGAACUAAUGUAAUAUGAUUUUUCUUUGCAAAACAGCCUGGAAAUGUACUAGUAUUUAAAAAUUAAAAUCUGUUUUCUCCUG